ACAUCGCCCCAUUUUGAACUCCAUGCAUAAUUGAAGUUCAUCCGUAUUAUUUUAAUAUCGUCAUUUAGGCACCUCACAAGCGCCCGUCAACAAUCAGCUCUGAAAGUUAUUUGUGGAAGUUGGCUGGCGUGAAAUGUGACUUUGAAUGGAAACUCCCUCUUUUCGGUUUUGAAAAUUUGAGUUUACAGACAGAUGAGCUACGCCUCUUAAGACAAGAACUUUUCAUCUGAGUUGGAUAUAAGAUACAUCGAGAAUGCGGGACCGGACCAAAGAAUUAGGCAAUACUGCUGAUGCCUCAGAUGAAGAUGAAGAAACCACCGCUCUCAUGAUAAAGCCCGGAUCUGGGAGCUCGGCUAACGAAGAGAAAGAAAAUGAGGCUUUCUUUAAAAAGGUUCAGGAGAUUCGAGAGGGACUUGAAACAAUUAAAAAGAAGAUGUCUGAAUUGGAGAACAAACAGAAAACGGUGUUAGGAGUCGCACUUCCAGAGGAAAGUAUGAAAAAGGAACUGCAGUCCCUCAGAGAAGACAUCAAAGUCAUGGCCAGCCAGAUCCAAAGGAAGUUAAAAAGCAUCGAACCUAAGAAAGCUGAAGGUGAAGACAAAUAUAUUCCAAUAAACGUUAGAAUGCGGAGAACCCAGCAUGGUGUCUUGUCCCGUGAAUUUCUGGAAGUGAUGGGUCACUGUAAUACAAUUCAAGCCCAAUACAGAGACAGAAAUGUGGAGAGGAUACAAAGACAACUCAAAAUCACUGGUAACAAUGUGACAGAUGAAGAGCUAGAAUCCAUGCUUGAGAGUGGACAAACUGAUGUUUUCACGCAAAACAUUUUGAAUGAUGCUAAAGCUACCAGACAGGCUCUGAACGAGAUUGAGUCACGGCAUGAUGAGAUCAUCAAGCUAGAGAAAAGUAUUAAAGAGCUACAUGAUAUGUUUCAGUACCUUGCAAUGGAGGUGGAAGCACAGGGUGAAAUGGUGGACCGGAUUGAGGAGAACAUAAAGAGUUCCCAUAACUAUGUGGAGAAAGCUGUUGCCGAGACAGCUGCUGCUGUAGAAACUUCAAAAAAAGUGCGCAAGAAAAAAAUAUGGAUUGCCAUAUGCUUUGCUAUUUUACUUAUAAUAAUAAUCAUUAUCCUGGCUAUCACCUUUGGUUGAGUGUUUUCCUUUAUUAGACUUCUUUUUACCCGUCGAGCACUGGGUUUUGUCUACCUAAACUGUCUUCUUAAAGUCCCUCUAACAACAUGGCCAUGUAUAAACAUGAUCAGUAUUGGUAUCCCAACUGUUUUGGUAGCUACAUUUGUUUAAAUUUUACAUUGUUGAUUUGUUGUUUUAGCUGCUUUGUCCUACAAUUUCCUUAAAAUGUGUCUGCUGCACCACUUGGACAUUUAAAAAGUUACAUGGUAACAACGGUUUGAAUUAAGUGAUUGCUUUACUGACUGCAUUUCCAAGAUGGUGGACUUAAUUUGCAACACCAACACUAAAGCAUGGUCAUGUAGGGUAGAUGAAGAAAAAAUGCUAAUGAGAUUCCUAAUAUAUACCGCUUCCAUUCGGAGACAAGCUCAAGAACUCUGAGUGAUGGGCUAUUUGUCUUUGCCCUAAUAUGUUUAUAAGAUGUAUUUUGUGUUAUAUGUUGUGAUUUAUCUUUUUGUAAUGUCAUUUCAAACUUGAAAUUCACUAAAAUAGCAUUCAAGGUCAUCUGUAUAUAUAUAUAUGUAACAACUAAUUUUAUACUCUGCUUUGCAUUAUAGUAGCUACCUUUCAAAAUACUACUUCUUUUGGUCUCAUAAUGACAUGUCGCAUAUGUAUAUUUUAACUCAUGUGCUCUGUCUUUAAGAACUGAUUAUGUACAGUUACUUGUUUAGUGCCUCAACCUUGGUGCCUUUUCUUGAGCAGUAACAUAUGGAGUGCCCAGUGUGUGUCACUAUAAAUACUGAGAUCACCAAGAAUGCAGUUUAUUUGGUUUCAGUUUGCAGCCUGUAAACGUACAGCCACACAUUUAAUUCAUUCUGAUGUAAAAUUGUCAUUUUUAAAUAAAGUACGUAUUAUAUAUUU